GGUUGAGAAAAGAAAGAGAAACCUCACCCUCCUUUGUAGGAAGUCUUUUCCCUUCUAGAAUGAGAAUUUUACAAAGCAACACCUUUUCUCUCUCUUUUCUUUGAGAUCCCACCUAUCUUCUUCCAUCAGGGGUACUCCUCGAAUCUUGAGACCAGCAGUUAGGGGCUGGAGAGGUGGAAUUUCCGGCGGGUUUUUAUGCUAUUUCACCUUUGGCUAGCCGGAAGUCCUUCAUGAGAUAAGAGAAAGAAAAUGUCUUCCUCCUCUGCUGAGUCACCAAAUUCUAAUUCUCCACCACCUUCGUCCUCAACCCAACCAAAGUCUCCCCCACCGCGUCCAUCAAAUAAUUCAACUGCACCAAAAAGUUCACCACCCACAAAAGCACCAACAGUUCCGUCGCCAAGAUCAUCACCGGCGUCGUCCAAUAGUUCUAAACAUUCACCACCGCCGCCACGUAAGAGUAGUAAAUCACAAUACGACCAUGUGCCGCCGCCGCCUCACAAAUCAUCGCGAUCAUCUGCUUCUUCAUUUUCAUCAUCAUCUUCUUCUUCUUCAAAUACCGGCGGUUUCACAAGUGAUCAGAUUAAAGUUAUAAUUGGAGUAUCGGUUGGGGUCGGGUUAUUUAUUGUUCUUAUGCUCAUUUGUUGCGCAAUUUUGUUCUGCAAAAAGAAGAAGAAACAGCCUGAGCAAAUGCAAUAUUAUGGAGGUUUUCCAGGAGGUAGUGAUCAAUAUUACCAGAGCUCAAUGCACCGUCCAGGUUGGCAAAAUGGCCCUCCAAUGCAAUCAAGUCCAAUGGGUUCAUCACCUGUUCCAAUGGGUUCAUCACCUGUUCCAAUGGGUUCAUCACCAGGUGUAGGAUGGCAUGGAGCUCCUCCGCCUCCACCAAUGAUGCCCAUGAGCGGUGAAAUGAGCGGAAAUUUCUCCGGUCCACACCGGCCGCCAUUGCCACCUCCAUCUCCAAAUAUAGCUCUUGGGUUCAACAAAAGUACGUUCACAUAUGAUGAGCUUGCAGCAGCAACAAGUGGGUUCGCCCAGGCAAAUUUGUUAGGCCAAGGUGGGUUUGGAUAUGUGCACAAAGGUGUAUUGCCUAGUGGAAAGGAGAUUGCGGUUAAGAGCCUGAAGACAGGUAGCGGACAGGGAGAGCGUGAAUUCCAGGCUGAAGUUGAGAUUAUUAGCCGUGUCCAUCAUCGGCAUUUGGUUUCACUAGUUGGGUAUUGCAUUGCUGGAGGACAACGAAUGUUGGUCUAUGACUUUGUUCCCAAUAACACCUUGGAACAUCACCUCUAUGGAAAGGGUCUUCCAGUAAUGGAUUGGCCGACAAGGCUCCGUAUUGCGUUAGGUUCUGCGAAAGGGCUCGCUUACCUUCAUGAAGAUUGCCAUCCUCGGAUUAUUCAUAGAGAUAUCAAAGCUGCUAAUAUUCUUCUCGACUAUAAUUUCGAAGCCAUGGUGGCAGAUUUUGGAUUGGCAAAGCUCUCUUCUGAUAAUUAUACUCAUGUUUCAACACGUGUCAUGGGUACAUUUGGGUACUUGGCGCCAGAAUACGCAUCCAGUGGCAAGUUGUCAGAAAAAUCAGAUGUUUUCUCAUUUGGGGUUAUGCUUUUGGAACUCAUAACAGGAAAGAGACCUGUAGAUCCUACAAAUGCAAUGGAAGAUAGCUUAGUGGACUGGGCUCGACCGUUGCUAAGUCAGGCAUCAGAAGUUGGCAAUUUUGUUGAAUUGGUCGAUUUUCGAUUGGACGGUAAUUUCAACCGUGAAGAGAUGCAACGCAUGAUUGCUUGUGCUGCAGCCAGCAUUCGUCAUUCCGCUAGAAAGCGCCCAAAAAUGAGUCAGAUUGUGCGUGCCUUGGAAGGGGAUGCAUCACUAGAUGCCUUAAAUGAGGGAACGAAGCCAGGUCAAAGCUCUGCCUUUGGUAGUCCAAUUGGUUCAGAUUACGACGCAAAUUCAUAUAAUGCAGACAUGAAGAGGUUUAGGGAAGUUGCAUUAUCAAGCCAAGAAUUUGGGGGCAGUGAUGUUGAAACUCGAAGCAGCGGUAGUGAAUCAAGAGGCAUGUCUCCUAUAACUCACAUGAAAUAAUUAAUAAUUAAUAAUUCAAUUGUAAGCAGCCAACUUUCAUAACCAUGAAUGACCAAAAGUAGACAAGGUCUCAACGUAAAAUUAACUAGCUCUUGGACACUGCUGCUUUUGAUGGAUUCUGUUGAUUUGGAACCUGUACUCGUGCAAAUGCUUUAACUUAGAAACAGGAAGACUAAAAUAUAUAUAUAUAAAAAUUAUGUAUAGGGACCAAAAUUUUAUGGGUAAUACAAAUUAUAAAUACACAGGAUGGAUUUCCAGGGCAAAAUUUAGCUUGUAUUUUAAGUGUGAGUCUCUUCUAUUACUCGUAUAUUAUGAAUAUUAAGUUGUUAAAACCUCUGAGAUUGUUUCAUUUUUUUUUUCCCUGUAAAAGUGUUACCUUUUGUAAACUUUUGUAGAAUCAUUUUCAAUGAAUCUUUUUGUUUCUUCAUC